CUGAGGGUCACUGUGGAUUCGAUGGGCGAAUGGCCUGCUUGCACACUGCAGGGAUUCUAUACUUCUAACUAUUUUAAAUUAAACGCAAUCAUUCUGAAAGCGAAUAUGUGCAUGGGGUUGAGAGAUGCCAGCAGCUGAAUUUUUUAAAGCGUGCCCACUUUAUUGGAAUAGAACUAAUAAUAACUCAAUUGUACACAUACGAGAUUAAAUUCUUUUUUUUACAGAGUUGGGCUGAGCUGUUUCUAAUGCACUGAUUAUUAAUUACACGAGAAUUAAUCGUGGAAUUGUGAACUUAGAUUUAUGUCAAAAAGGCAUUUAUUCAUCGAACCUUCAGUUUAAAUAAAAAGCUAUAUUUAUUACUGAGUAAACCCCCUCCUCUUUCCUCCGGAGAAUCGCCCUCUGUUGACAUUGGAUUCCAUUGCAUCAAUCACAAAGACACUUGUUCAGUCGCUGGUCCACUGCCUCGAAGGGCAGAUAUAUUUAACGGAAUUCACUGCCGGGCCCGCUAACCGAGCAGAAGAAGGGGAUAAAAGAGGGUGGGGGGAGAAAACGUCUGAAAGAAACAAUGAGCACCUCGACGCUUGGGUCCCAUGAGCGCACAGAUGAAAAUACCACUACAACACAGGUGUCUUCAAUUAACUUCAAUGACUACGCCACAUUAAAAAGCGUGGCGGAGAGCAUGCUGGAUGUUACCUUACUCAUGUCUAAUACAACACAAUUGGUUGGAGUUCUCGAACAAGGACCUGAAUUUAAGUACUACGUUCCUCUUAUUGUCCUGAUUAGUCUCUCUCUUAUACUUCAGGUUGUGAUCUUUUUCCUGCUUGUUUUUAGUGCAAAAACCAAUGUGACUGAAAUCGACAACCAGAAAACAUUGAACAAAUGCAACAAAAUUACCAUUAUCCUUGUGGGGGCCACUCUUCUUAUAAACGUAGUCAUCACUUCACUUGAUACACAGAAAGUAAAUUCUUGAUGACCACAGGAAUCCAAACUUCUACAUCUUGCAGGUGAACCUAAGGAGCAGCAGAAUCUGCAAGAUCACAGCAGCAUUCCAAAUUAACUCUUCCACAUUGUGCCUGUUGGUUUGUAAUUCACUUUUCAAUAAUAAAUUUUGUAUUUUAAUUUCAUAUGCCCACUUGGCUUAUUAGAUUAAGAUAUACAGCAACUUUACAAGGCAAUGGCCAAUAUACUGUUAAAGCAAAUACUCAUAAUCUUAAGCUUUAUAGUUUAAUGUUGUACCAGCAUUGUAUUAAUAUUUAUUAAUGUCAAAGCUUCCAUUGUAAUAGGUACAGGAUUAAUGGAGUUUCAUUGCUUGAAGUUGACAUUUGCUUUGUUCACAUUGAUCUUUUGACAUUAGGGGAUGUAUUUUUUUCCAUUCAGCUUGCUUACUGUUAACAAUUUUUGCUUAUGUUAUUGAGAAGCAAUAAAAUAAUUGAGCAAAAUUGAAAAAUACAUAAUUGUUUUGCAAAGCAAUAUAAAUCAAGGUGGAAUGCUAAAAGACAACUAAGAUGUUCUACUUCUACCCAGAUGUGCUUAGAAUGAAUGUGAAUCAGGGUUAAGUGAACGUCCGAACUAGUAACGGACAGUCUUAUGUAUAAUCACGCAGCGUCUACUUAUUUGUAAUUAAAUUUAUGCCUUUGCAUAUUGUUACGCACAAUGGACAAAUACAUUCCGCAGUCAAGCAUAUUAAAGCCGGAUUGUAACUUGGACAACAGUCUUGCAGGUUGAGGAUGAGGUAGCAACAAACUGGCCUAACAUUGACAGUGCCCAGGAGAUUAAACCUGCAGGCUUCAAAUGUAUAGAUUUAUUCAGAAUUUUUCCUAAUAUCAGUGUGAAGUGGCAUCUGAGUAGUGGAUGGAAGCCAGGUGUUGUGUAACUGAAAAUCAAAAAAAUGCUCAACAGCACUCAUGAAUUGCUAGCAGGAGGUUUACCAGGUGGAACAGAGAAGGCUGCAAGUUUCUUUGUUUGGCUGGGUUGAAUAUCUUUGUUUCUUCUGCUCACAAGCAAAGGCAAAAAGACUCUAUUUUUUCCAUUAAGUUACUUUGACAGGUAAACCACUAUGGCUUCCACAUUCUGCAAAACACAGCAAUUGGUAUAAUUAAUGAGUCCCACUGACUUUGAGCAGGUAUCACUCCAGUGACUUUGGUGUUCCAUGGCAGUGUUAAUUAUUCAUCCACCUGGCUUCUUCCUUAUGUGAUUUCAAAUUUGGAAAGACACAUAUUGAACAUUGAAUAAUAAAGAGAUUAUACCAGCAGAAAUGUAAUGGAUUCAAUAAAUGUUAAAAAUUAAUAUUGAAGUCCAAAGUUUUUACUCUGAUCCUGAAAUGGCUUCGGCAUUUCAGUGUUUCCAUACAAUAUACAAUGCUCAAAAGAGAGAUGGGACCAAAGAUUCUUUGACUUCCACUAAUUUAAGGUAAUCUGUAAAUAACAAUUCCUCUAAGAUGUGCUGCCCAAAGCCAUCCUGAUGGUCUGCACACGGUAAUCAGCAUGUCAACAUUUUCCCGGCAUUGACUUCUAGUUUUCAAGAUUGCUGCCGACAAAGACCUCAGUGAUCCAUGUAGAAAAACGGAAAAUCUGUGGGACCAUUAUCAAUAAGCCUCAUAAUGUGGCUUAUUUCCACUU